UUGUUUAUAAUUACGUAGAAUAAAUAAUAAAGUUUAUAUAUUUUGUUAUUAUUUAUUAGAAAAGUCGGAGACGGUAUAAUUUUUGCAGUAACAUAAAAUUUACAAUAAAUAAUUUAAAAGUACUUUUCAGACUGAAAAAUAUCAUUUUUGAUCAUACAAAAGAAUAUUAUAUGGUAAAUAAUUUUGCUUAUAAAAAAAACAAGUACAAAAUUAUUAGUGAUAAGUGUGCCGUUGAACUUCAGCUUUAGAAUGAGUGUUAUCAUCUUUUAACAUAUUUUAUCUGACUGUUUUGAAUCGCUGUUGUACUUGAAAAACCGAGUAUAUAUAGUCGUCUCAUUAGCUGUUCAGGGCUAUGAAGAUACGUAAUAUUAUAUCGUCUUUUCGGGCGAAUAGAGGGAGGAAGUUAACCCUGUCUAAUUCAGUGAGUUUUGAAGAUUUUUGUAACGAAGUACCCCCGGAGCGCUACCCGAGACUAAAGGAAUCUUCCUUGAACAGUUCUUUUGAUAUUUCUCCAGUAAAAGAUAGACCCACUAAUUACGAAAGAUUUGCUCGUGACGAAGAUAUGGAGUUUACAUCUUCCCGUCCCAGCUUAGCAACUGUGUUGCUUUUUAUAAUUCUUUCGGCUGUGUUUUUGAUCCUUCCAAUUAUAUAUCUACUCAAUUGUUUUGAUAUUAUCUAUGAACACCAGAACAUCAAGCACAACCCCAUUUUGUCUCCAGAUUCUUCUGAACUGAAUACAGAGGUUCAGGAUGCUGCUCAACUCAGCAAACCCAUAUCCUUACCAUCGCCACCAGCUCCAGAUUAUGAUCAGUGUGGUUUGACAGCACAUGAUUAUAGAUUUGAUUGCUAUCCAGAAGGCGGUGCCGAUCAAAACAGUUGUGAAGCAAGGGGCUGUUGCUGGCUGUCAACUGAAACAAAAGCCAGAGCCAAGAACACAUCUAAAAUCCGGCAAAAUAUUGCGAUGCCUUACUGUUUUUAUCCACCAAACUAUAACACUUAUAAGUUUGUAAAUGUGAGUGAAACAGCAUUUGGUUUGGUGGCUUAUCUGCAAAGGUCUUACCAAAGCGGAUAUCCAAAUGAUGUAGAAGUUAUUCAGUUGAUAGUUAAAUAUGAAACUGAGAAUAGACUACAUAUUAAGAUUGUUGAUCCACUAAACAUCAGAUACGAGCCAGCAUAUCCUGAACUACCUAUAGUAGACACUGCUGCUGAAAAUUUGAACUAUAUCUUUGAGUUGGACACGUUUAAAGCUGGAUUUAAAGUUGUACGAAAAUCAGACAAUGCUACACUAUUUGAUGCCAACAAUUUUCUUAACUUUAUUUAUGCCGAUCAGUUCUUACAAAUUAGUAGUAAUCUUCCUUCGAAGUAUGUCUACGGCAUAGGAGAGCACACUUCAACUUUGCUUUUGGAUGUUGGAUGGAGCAGAUUUACACAGUGGAAUCACGAUGCUCCACCAAGUGAGAAUCUAAAUCUGUAUGGAGCUCACUCAUUCUACCUUGGAAUGGAGAAUUCAAGCAACAGUCAUGGAGUAUUUUUGUUUAAUAGUAAUGGACAAGAUAUUCUGCUCCAACCUGCACCCGCCAUCACUUUCCGCGCUAUCGGUGGUGUGUUAGACUUCUACUUCUUCUUGGGUCCAACCCCCUCUGACGUCAUUGAACAAUACACCGAUCUGAUUGGCAGGCCUUACAUGCCGCCCUUCUGGGGUCUUGGUUUCCAUCUGUGCAAGUACGGAAUUAAGACGCUCAACGCAACUAGGGAAACUAUGGAGAAAAAUAUCGCUGCUGGUGUACCUUUGGACACGCAAUGGAACGAUUUGGACUACAUGAACGCGAACAAAGAUUUCACCUACGACAAGGACGCUUUCAACGGUUUACCCGAGUUCGUAGAGGACCUUCAUAAAAGAGGAAUGCAUUACAUCCCAUUGAUAGACCCUGGUGUGAGUGGCAGCGAAGAGGCUGGUACCUAUCCUCCCUACGAUGAGGGAAUUAAAUUGGACAUUUUCGUACAGAACAGUUCAGGACAGACAUUCAUAGGAAAGGUAUGGAACAGAGAGUCUACCGUUUGGCCCGACUUCACCGACCCCAACACAGUGGACUACUGGACCCUGAUGUUGAAGAACUUCCACGACGAGGUGGCUUUUGACGGCGCCUGGAUCGACAUGAACGAACCCUCCAACUUCCUCUCGGGAACGGCCGACGGUUGUCCCGAGUCCACGCUGGAGAAUCCGCCCUACUUGCCCGCGGUAGACGGGGGCGUGUUGUACUACAAGACGUUGUGCAUGACGGCCAAACAGAAGGCUGGUCUGCAUUACAAUGUGCAUAAUUUGUACGGGUUCACUGAGGCGAUAAUUACGAGCUUUGCUAUGGCUGAAAUUAGAGGUAAAAGACCUAUGGUCAUUUCGAGAUCCACCUUUGCCGGUCAUGGACACUACGCUGGACACUGGAGUGGAGAUGUAUUUUCCACUUGGGACGGUUUGAGACAAAGCAUUCCCCAUCUUCUCAGCUUCAGUUUGUACGGUAUUCCUCUGAUGGGAGCGGAUAUUUGCGGAUUCAAUUACAACACCACUGUCGCCCUCUGCAAUAGGUGGCAACAGCUGGGCGCCUUUUAUCCGUUCUCUAGAAACCACAAUACCGACGACGGCAUUCCUCAAGAUCCCGUCUCUAUGGGAGAAUUGGUAGUUAAAUCGACCAUCAAAGCUCUGACAGUUCGUUACGAACUACUACCCUAUUUAUACAGUCUGUUCUACAGGGCACACGUUGAUGGAGAUACAGUAGCCAGACCUUUGUUCUUCGAAUUUCCCAAAGACCAAAAUACUUGGACAGUCGACACUGAAUUCUUGUGGGGUGGUGGACUUUUGAUAGUUCCUGUAUUAGAGAUUGAUGCUACUUCUGUAGUAGGGUACUUACCUGAGGGCAUCUGGUACAACUAUUACACCAACAACUCUACUCAGAGCAAAGGAGAAAAUGUAACUUUGGAUGCUCCUUUGGACACUAUCCCUGUCCUAGUGCGUGGAGGUUACAUUCUACCUCAACAAGAUGCUAAACAGACCACUACAGCUUCUAGAAAAACUAAAUUGAAGCUGCUUGUGGCUUCCAAUGAAGACGGAGAAGCUUCGGGAGAACUUUUCUGGGAUGACGGAGAUUCUUUGAACACGAUCGAAGAAAAACUCUACACUCUCGUACAGUUUAAUCUGCAAAAUGGAACGUUAAGCAGCGAGACCGUUCAAUGGACUGGCGAAGAACCUCCUCACUUGGGAGCAAUUACUGUACUGGGUGUUCAGAAGCCAGUAUCGUUAGUAAAAAUAAACAACUUAUCGGUGAAUUUUAAAUUUGACACAAUUAAUAAGUAUUUGCUCAUUGACGAGCUUGAUAUAUCCUUGGAGCAAUCUUUGGUGGUAACAUGGAAUUAAGACAAGACAACCAAACUUAUACGUCCGUUACAAUUUACCUAUUAAGUUUAAAAUCGUUACCUUCAUAUGUAUAUUUAGGGAGUUAAGAUUUUUUGAGACUUUUUUUUUACCAAAGUUGGUGCAAGUUUGUUUUGUUCGGUAAACCAAAUAUGGAUAAAAAAAUAUUUUUUUGAGGAUUACUCUGUGAUAAUUUUACUCUGAAAAGUUUGUUACUUUUUUACUAAGUAAUAUUCAUUUUAAUUGAUGUGCCAAAAAUAGAAAAGAUGCCAUAUUAGAUAAAGUAUCUAACUUCCUGUUAGUUGUUUUUAAAAUUACUACUUAAAUAUAUACAAUAAGUUUUAAAAAUGGGCAUUACGUUUGAAGUUAUCUUCAAAAGCUUUAAAGUGAUAUGUACUAUAGGGUGCACCAAAAGAAAUAAAUAUUUUUUUCUAUAAACGUCAAAAAAUGACAAGGUUCGCGAAUUGAUGGCAAUGUGCGAAGUGACACUUUUUUUCAUUUUCCUACGUUACCAUUACACGGUGCGCGAAAUAAUGCGCGAAAUGCCUAUUUCGCACACUGCAUGUAAAUUAUAUGAAUUUUGGAAUUUUGAAAAUGAAUUGAUUGAUUUCUUCACGAGUUAAAACCUUGGAUUUCUUAGGAUGACGGUGUCCAACCGACAGUUUUUU